AUGGACAGCGAGUAUCGAAUAAUUCUGAAUGUCGGUGGAGUGAGACAUGAAACGUACAAACACACGUUGAAGAAGAUCCCAGCCACGCGAUUAUCCCGUUUAACGACAAGUCUUGCCAACUACGAUCCGGUGCUCAACGAGUAUUUCUUUGAUCGACAUCCUGGCGUUUUUGCCCAAGUUUUGAACUAUUAUAGAACGGGUAAACUCCACUAUCCCCUCGAUGUAUGUGGACCGCUUUUCGAGGAAGAGUUAAAGUACUGGGGCCUGGAUUCGAGCGAUUGUGAGCCAUGCUGCUGGAUGACUCUCUCGGCCACAAGGGACACUCAAGAGGUACUUCAAACACUCGACAAACUCGACAUUGACACCUCGGAUAAAGUGGAUGGACCGGAGCUGUAUAAAAGAUUCGGCUGGGAAGACGACUACCACAAUAACAGUUUGAGCAAAUGGCAAGUGCUGAAGCCGAAAAUUUGGAGACUUUUCGAUGAGCCUUCAUCGAGUACAGCUGCUAAGAUCAUCGCCUUUAUCUCAGUCGUCGUUUUGAUCACGGCGAUCACCGUUUUCUGCCUGAAAACCGAGCCGAAUUUUCGGAUUCCCGAUUUAGAAUCGAUCAUGACGCCGUACCCAUUGAACAGAAGCGAACGCUCGGUGCCCAGCCACAAGUACAAAGCCGUCAAUUUCCCGGUUCAGAAAACCAACUCCAAAGCGAGACCUAUAUUUUCAUACAUAGAAGCUGCGUGUAACAUUUGGUUUACGAUAGAGAUUCUCAUCCGAUUCGUAUCGUGUCCUUCAAAGAUUGAGUAUUUCAAGGCGCCCGUAAACAUCAUCGACAUUGUCGCCACAGCCACUUUCUACGUGGACAUGUUCACGGCGGCUGUCGGUGCCUCGGCGGACCUCGAAUUCUUCUCAAUCAUUCGCAUCCUUCGACUCUUCAAACUCACA